AUGACUUCAGGUCAGCGUUUGAGAGAGUUAAUCAACGAGCGACUAACUGCUGCUGCUGAAGAAAUAUUCCGACAUUUUCAAACAACUAUCUCAGAGUACGAAGAAGAGAUCAACCGUCAGCGCAGACUGCUGGAUAUCGUUUGGAAACCUGAAAUAAAGUUACACAGAACAGAGCUCCCACAGCAGCAUGUCUGUGAGGAGGAGGAGGUUCUCACUGACCAGCAGCUCUGUGACCAGGAGAGGAACUCAAGUAUGGACCAAGAGGAACCAGAGCCUCCACAGAUUACAGAGGACCAAGAGGAACCAGAGCCUCCACAGAUUAAAGAGGAACCAGAGCCUCCACAGAUUAAAGAGGACCAAGAGGAACCAGAGCCUCCACAGAUUAAAGAGGACCAAGAGGAACCAGAGCCUCCACAGAUUAAAGAGGAACCAGAGUCUCCACUGAUUAAAGAGGACCAAGAGGAACUCUACACCAGUCCGGAGGGAGUUUUUCAAACAACUAUCUCGGAGUACGAAGAAAUCAACGGUCAGCGCAGACUGCUGGAUACCGUUUGGAAACCUGAAAUAAAGCUACACAGAACAGAGCUCCCACAGCAGCAUGUCUGUGAGGAGGAGGAGGUUCUCACUGACCAUCAGCUCUGUGACCAGGAGAGGAACUCAAGUCUGGACCAAGAGGAACCAGAGCCUCCACAGAUUAAAGAGGAACAAAAGGAACCAGAACCUUCAGACAUUAAAGAGGAGCUCUGCACCAAUCUUGAGAUAGAACAGCCGGUACUGAAGGAGGAGACAGAAACUUUGAUGUUGACUCCUACUUGUGAAGAAAGUGAAGAUUGGACUCUGGACUUGAGUCCUGAUAAAACUCAGAUUGACAAGUCUACCACUUUAAAGAUUCACAAUAAUACUUUGACAGAGAAACCGUGUUUUGAAUGUGACACUUGUGGGAAAUCAUUUGUGGCCAAGUCCAGUUUGUGUACACAUCUCAGAGUCCAUACAGGUGAAAAGCCGUAUACAUGUAACACCUGUGGGAAAAGAUUCUCUACGCUGAGCACAUUAAAAGUGCACAUGAGAAUCCAUACAGGUGAGAAGCCGUACCCAUGUGAUACCUGUGGGAAAAGCUUUUCUGAGAGGAGACAAUUAAAACGACACAUGACUCUCCAUACAGGUGAGAAGCCGUAUACAUGUAACACCUGUGGGAAAAGAUUCUCUACGCCGAGCGCAUUAAAAGUGCACAUGAGAAUCCAUUCAGGUGAAAAGCCGUAUACAUGUAACACCUGUGGGAAAAUAUUCUCUAAUAUAACCAACGUAAAAGUGCACAUGAGAACACACACAGGUGAGAAGCCGUACCCAUGUAACACCUGUGAGAAAAGAUUCUCUACGCUGACCGCAUUAAAAGUGCACAUGAGAAUCCAUACAGGUGAGAAGCCGUACCCAUGUGAUACCUGUGGGGAAAGCUUUUCUGAGAGGAGACAAUUAAAUGUGCACAUGAGAACACACACAGGUGAGAAGCCGUACCCAUGUGAUACCUGUGGGAAAAGAUUCUCUAAGAGGGGCAGUUUAAAAAGACACAUUACUCUCCAUACAGGUAUCGGCACCGACCCCCUGAGGUUUCCAAACGAUAUCCAGCAGUCUGCGCUGACGGUUGAUCUCUUCUUCGUACUCUGA